UUUUUAAGUUUUCAUAUGCUUUCAAGGAAUUUUCAGCUUGUAACAGAGGCCGUGCGUUCAGUCUUCCACGUUGUUUCAGUAUCGUCCAAAGUGUCCGUUGAAGAGCUUGCAUUGUCUGCUCUAGCGCUUCAGAAGAUUAUGGCUGGACAAAACCAAGAGAAUGAUUUUCAAAGUCUGGCAAAGAAGGUUUUGGACUACGCUUGUGGAAGGAACUACUUUAGAGAACAUGACCUUGAAUAUUUAAAAAAAUUUUACCAUAGUGAAGCAAAAGUUGUAGACCAAAACUUUUUAAGAAGUUUGGUUGGUGCCUUGCUGAAACUUGAAAAAUUCAAAGUUGCCAAGAAGAGAUAUGAAACAGCGCGCCUAAUUUCACAGAAAAUAACUGUGGAACAACGCGAGUUGCUUGACUUAUUUAUUGUGCAUGAACGAGACGUGGAAGAAUAUGGAGCAUAUUUGAAGACCUUGGUAUUAUACGGAGAGUCCGGGACGGAAGAUGCCACGUUGCACAGUUCAAAGAACGCCGAUAAAGUCAGAAUGCAAGAACUUCGCGAUCCACGCAUGUCCUUGUUGAAAAUUGCACGUUAUUGCAGUGAGCGAUAUUUAGACUCUUCUUCAGGAGAGUCGUGGGUGACCAAUUGCUUUUUCAAAGUUUUAGAAAUAGAAAGAGUUUGGGUGGAUGCUUUUUUGUUGCACGUUGAGUAUUUUUCACGCUGGGUUUCGGAAUGUGGGGUUUCUGUUAUAGUUUCACGAGCCUGCGAAGAUGGAACCCCUACAGCGGAACAGUUUUAUGGCGAUGGAAAGACUUUGAGUGUCUUUAUAUUACUACUUACGAAAUUUGUUAAUCUCUUAGGUACUUCUUCGCAAAAAACAUUUAUCCUAUCAGUAGUUGAACGCAGCCUUCGAAGACAGUUGAGUCACUUUUCAACAGGGAAGUACACAGUGGAUGAAAAGACUAUGUUCUUGUCAACCAUAUGGAUUAAUUUCGCUACUCGGACCUUCUCACAUUUGAUAGAGGCCUUGGAAGUUCUUGGCAAAACAGGAACUGCAUAUACUUUGCUUUUUCACUAUUUUGAUAAUUUGUCUAAUGUUGAUAGUCCGUUUAUUAUUCAUCAAGAUAUGAUUUCCUUCGAAAUAGAAUGGCUUCAUGUCAUGAACAUAUUUGCUUAUAGAAAGAGUUCACUUGUGGAAGUUUCACAAGCACUGUCACCAUUGGGUGAGCAAAGAAGAUUUUCCAUUAUUGUGAACAACGUGGUUCGUCAAUACAAGGAACUACUUGCAGUUUUCUGUCAGGAUGUACAUUAUUCGUCUGAAAUUGUCAAAGAGCUGAUAAGUGAAUUUACUUCAUUCAUUGGAAUAUGUUACAUGACAAAUGAAGGCUGUUUAUUCCAAGUUACAAGAAGUCAAGGAGUAGAGUCUCCAUUGGCUGAAAUGUAUCAGUCAACGUUGCAGGCAUGGAAAGAUUCAGCGGCCAACUCUCAAUUUUUUACUAACUUAUUGAACAUCUUGGACUGUUUCAUGGUAAAUAUGGCCAGAUUUUUACGCCAAGUGUUUCAGUCAUCCAUCUGGAGUGUUGGAGACGCUUACUUAACAGCCACCGCUGCAAUGAUUUCUGCGUUUCUCGCUGCACUAAAUCAAAUGUCAUAUUUAGAUGACGAAAAUGUCAAAUGGAUAGUUUUGCGACAUAAACGUACAGUUUUGGAAUUUCACAAGCUCAUGAGUGGGAGGGAGAUUCUUAUCCUGUUUUCUAAGAAGAAACUAGCUGAAGAGAUAUUCUAUGGAAGCUUUACUUGUGAACUUACUGAACAAACUGAAUUUCUUGAAAGCUUUCGUUCUUUUUUGUGUGAAUAUGUAGCGAACGAAUCAGACGAAUAUUCUCAUACUAUACUUUCAUCAAUGUUGCAAAUCAUAAUGUCGGCGAAAAUUAUCAUAGAAGAUGACAGUGUCAAUUUUGAACGCUCGUCGAAUUGUUUUGUAGCAAGUGUUGAUUUCUUGGAUGAAAUUUUAGACUCUUAUAUUUCUUCUCUAACUGUUUGUCCCAGUUCUGUCCAUCUCAAGUUAGUAGAAAAUGAAGGUAUAUAUUUGCUUAGCAAUGGCAUUUUACGUUUAGAGGAGGAGAAAGCUGCCUUGGCAAAUGAGGAUCAUUGCAAAAAGUGUUCUUCUCUUAAUAGAAAACUUCAAGUAAUUUUGAAAAUCUUUUUUUCUAACGAGACUGCUCCUUUGAUAAGUUUAUAUUCCGAUCGAGUUUGGCGUAUUUUUAUAAUGUUUCUGGAGAAUGAGGAUACAAGUGAUCUUGGAAAAGAUCUUUUGCGGAGAAUUUUUCUAGGAGCAGAUGAGCAAGAAAAUUUACUUGAUCUUCCCAAAGAUUUUACUCUCUCUGAAACAAGAAAACAUUGUCGUUUGCUUUUUCAAGGCCUAUUGGAUAGGUUGGAGUUCCAUUGUUUUCAAGAUUCCGUUGGCGCAGAAAGAAAGGCACUCCUUCUUCGGAAAUACUUAUCAUUGUUUUCCUCGCUUGUUGCUGAGUCUAUGCGAAUUAUGCAAAGAAUGUUUCGGAACUCAAGGGGCUUUGAAAUUUUUAAAGCUAUUUUUUCUGACUCGGACUCGGACUUCGUUCGUAGUAUUGCAAUCGAUUUGCUUAAACUGUUAGCACAGGUGACCCGAAAUAAUCCGAAGGCAGAGUUUGAACUUAAAAGCUUGUUUCCGUGCAAUUUUCUGGUACACACGCUCAAUUCUUGUUAUCCUGAAGGGGUUUCUAGCGAAGUUAUCGCGGCUUUGUUGGAGGUUGUCGUGGGAAGUCCCAUUCUGAUCCGACAUAACAGUGACAAUUUUCAGUGUAUGACAUCGUUCGUUAUAGAGAACGUCAUCUUAUCACAAGACCGACUUGCUUUCCGUAGUAGACUUGUUUCAAGUAGUUCUGAAAUUCUAUGUGCCUUAUUCAAACUUGCUGAAUCGACAUCAGAAGAUGUUCAAGUGGCCCUUUGCAACUUUAUAUAUACAAUAACAUAUGAAGACAGUCUAAAUGCCUCGGUUGUGGAUGCUUCGGGAGUGACUGAAAUUAUUAUCGAGCGUUUGUUUUACUCAUCCGUCGAUUCUACGUUUUGGUCAUCUUUGCAUCUAAGAAAUGCUUAUUUAUCUUGUUUAUGCGCGAUAAUUCGCCAUUUGGUGACCCCAUCAAUGCUAAGUAGACUGCUUUCAGUUUCAUAUUUAGGGAGCUCCUCCCAAUUUGGCUUACAUGAUAAGCGUACAUUAUUGUACUCUGAAGUUGCUAUCUUCCAUGCCUUGUCAGAGUCAUUUGAAAUAUGCAAAAAAUGGCCUCGCUUUUUUUUGGACUUUUCAGGGAAUCACUCAGGUCUUGCUUCAAUAAUUCCUGGUGCUGAUCUUACUCGUCGUAAGGAUAGUCUCUGGCUUACUUUCUGGUUUCGAAGAGAGACUAUAUCCCGAGAAUCGUCAUUAGUUGAAUUGUAUACUUCUAAGGAUUCCGCCUUUGAAGUUUUUUUAAAUGAGUUGGGUGUUCUUUGCUUGAGACUGCAUGAAUCCGAGACAGUAUUUGAGAUGUUUCACAAUACUGACACAGAAAUUCCUCCGUAUGUUUGGGUUUUCGUUUGUCUUCGUUUCCAACGAAUUUCUUCCGGCAAACAGACUCUGAUUGAUGUCUAUUUAAAUGGAAAACUCUCAUCUUCAAGUAAUGUAUCAAAGAAUAUUGAUAGAGUUACUGCAAUUGGAUUCGGUUGUUCCUUUAGUUGGACCGAUUUAUCGAUUUUACCGAGAGCAAGUUCAUGUCUUAAGGGACAGUUUGGCGCAAUUUACUGCUUCCAAGGUAACCUGAGUGAACGUACCAUUUGCACUAUUUAUGAGUUCGGACCAUCGUUUGAUAGUGACCUUUGCGAUUUGAGUUUUUCAGAAUCAACAAGAGAUUUGGAUAAUUUGUUGAAUUUGUCAGUUCUGUUUCUCUAUGCACCUCGUUGUUGCGGUGAUUCUCGUACGUGUCCUGAUGGUUCUUUAGCAGCAGUUGGAUCAAGAAAAUCAAUAGCAGCUAGAUUAAUUGGCUCAUCAGGAGAGUCGAGAGUUUGUUCGGUAAAUAACAUUAUCGAUAGUUUGCACUGUGUUGGAGGCCUAAGAAGUGUUUUGGAGUUAUUUUUUGCUCUUGACAACUUCAGCUCAUCGACCUUGGGAACAGAUGAGACGGAAGCAGAUAGUGUGUCCGCAGACGUAUUGGAAAGCUUAAAUGAACUCACUUGUUAUUUUUUAAAGAUUAUCGCUGAGAUAUUGCGUUACGACAAGCAAGCUGAGAUCGAAUGGAUGAAUACGCAUGUCUUUGACUACUUGGGUGCCUGGUUUUUUGAAACAAAGCUUUCCUUCUCAUCUAAAGAAGUGAUAGAUGCAAUCUUUCAGCUGUUUGAAACCUGUUCUGAUAGAAAAUCUGUGGUUUCAGUAUGUACAAAACGAUGUCUUUCCAACGAGUUUUUAUGGAGCAAGAUGACUCAAGACGUUGCUGUUCACUUCUGGAAAGCAUUGUGUUCUUUAAAGGAUAAUUCUACGUUGAGUCCUAAUGUUUUAUUGGAUGUUAUUGGAAACUUUGAUGUGGAUAGUGCUGUUUUCGUUUCCCGAGAGUCAAGAGACAUCAGUUUAUGCAAGGGUAUUAUCGACUUUAUAUUGCUUGGUUUUAAGAUGCUCUUUACAAAUUCGGACUUUGUUACAAGUGGCAAUCAAUUUCUGGUUAUCGAUGGAGCUACACAAAGAGAUGGCGUUUCAUACUUAGAACAGAUAGAGCAUGCAUAUUCGAGAGCUUUAGUUGAGAAUCUCUUGAAACCUGUUUGCUUUCACGCGUUAGAUGAAAUGAACCAAGAUGCAUUUGCUAAGCUAAAUUAUUUACUUCAAGCACUUUCUAGCCUGAGUAAUUUUCUUUCAGUUUCAGUUAGAGCCAGUUGCUUUUCGUUCCUAAUUCAUCAAGAUUUGAUCGAGGUUUUGCUUAAAGUGCUUAAGUCGACGUCGCAGCUUCGUCUUGUACUCUUCAGUAUAGCGGCAUUGUUUGACUUGUUCGAGUCAAAUUCAGAUGAAUGUGUGCAAUGGGUAACUUCGCAGUUUCGCCUUUCAGAGUUGUCUGCAUCGAUGGAAAAGGAAGAAUGGAAGAACCAUGUCAUUGGAGGCUUAUGUAUGUUUAUCACAGGAACUUUACAAGGAGCAGACGCAGACCUCACUAUGUUACUAGAGCAUCUUAUGUCGUCGGAUUUCUUAGGUGGCCCAUGUAGUACGCAAGGCACGAUCGAAAAAAUCCGAACUGGAGCUUUGCCCUUAAUUAUUAUGCUUUUAACAAAGGAAAACAAUUUGAUUGGUAAAGCUUCUAUGAUUCAAGCGCUUGUUGCACUUCUGGAAGAAAGCAGGCAGCUGACGGAGACAUUCCUAUGUUUCAAUUUGUGGUCUUUUUGGAUAAUUAGCCUGUCUCGAGUGAAUACAUUUUCAACGUGUGAUGAAGAUGAGCUUUUCAGUUCAUAUGUUUCUUCCUUCAAGAAACUUGUUGUCCAUCUAUUCAAACAUUUUAUAGAAGACUGGGGUAUGAGUGUGACCACUUUUUAUCAAGUAGAGGAGCUGGUUUUUGCUGCUUGGAAUCUUAUAGACGCUACAUUUGCGAUGCAAGUUCUCACAUGGUUUUUGCAAUGUGUGAAGGAUAUUGCAGUUCCACUGUUGCUAUCUCAGGGAAUAUUUGGUAUGAACAUAGGUGCAAAAUGCUCUCAAACACUUGAAAGUACGAAUAUUGAAGGUUUUGCUAUGGUGUUUUUGUUUACAAAGCUCAUUUGUGAUAUGGGCAAUAUGCAGAAUGCAGAAGCAAAACAGAAAGAUACUCGGCUAAAGUUAGAAAUGUGCGAACUUUGCAUAGAAAUUAUACUCCUACUGGGCUUGCUUAGUACAUCCUCUGCGUCCUAUUCUGGAGAAUCCAAAGUGGUCGGUAAUGAUUUUGAGUUUCUCGGUAUUCACGUCUUUCCCAGAUCUGCAGUAUUGGAUUUAUUUGGAAAAUAUGAAAAUGAACGGAGGUACCCUGCAAGCAGACCUGGUCAAAACUCUUUCAAACUUGACGAACAAACUUUUAUAGAACCCCUUUGUAAGGGGGGCUUCGUAAGAAUUUCAUUAUUAUUUAUCAUAGAUGCUUUGGUUGAGAAACUGAAACUACAAGAGGAAUUUUCUUAUUAUGAGACUCUGCUUUCAAGCAUAGGUGAAGUUCAUGGAGGCUUAAGAGUAGAUAAGAUAUGGCGUCACUAUGUGGAACAGCAUUUCACGAAUUUGAUUUCGGAAUCUACUCCAAAUCCGUCGGAGAUCUCACAGAAAAAUGAACUGGAAUUACUUUUGGGAAACCUUGUAAAAAGAUGGAAGCAAUCGAAACAUUCCGUAGAGCACAAGUCAACUGGUUUCUUUAGGCCAUUCAAAAAUAAGAGUCUCGGUCGCAAUAUGCAGGUUCUUACGUCACCAACAGCAGGAAGUGAAAUGAUAGCUUCGCUGAUGAAGAGUGAGCAAGAAUGGAACGAAACUGGAUAUGCUUGUAUGUUUUCUGCUGUUAUGGAGUGGAAAAAACGAGUGGACCAAUCGUUCGAUAUCCUUGAAAAUAUUUCUACGGUGCUUUCAUCCAACACCCAUAUUCAAAAGGAUGUACUACGAGAAGUGAACGUUUCGGAGGGAGUCAGAAAUGAUGCGAAGAGUAGGUUGAAGGCUAGCGAGUUUAGAAAACUUGUUUUUGGUUUUCGAAAACACCUGAGUUACCAAGAGCUUAUGAAGGAUUCUACCAAGACUCAAUGGAGUUUAGCUGGGAUAAUGGAUAGCCUUCAACGAAGAUGGCUGCUCAAACCAACAGAAAACAUCGAUACACAGUGGAAAAGAUUGAGCCAAUCGGCUCAACAAAUGAGCUCACUAUCGAAUUAUAGCGAAGAGGGCGUAACGUCACCUUCCCGUGAUAGUGUUACAGAUGCUAAUCAGAAGCGGAAUAGUGAUGUUACGACCAUCACAGGUCCGCAUCUUUCUCUCCCAGUUGAUAACCUCUCCAUUCAGCAGUUUGAUGAAAGUUAUCAGAAAAACUGGUCAAUAGAGUCACCUGAGCCGUCUUCAGCGUCUCCCAGCAGCUCGACUCCAUUGUUGAGUAGUAUGGAGCUGUUGGCUGCGAGAACGGCAGCUUCAGCUUCUGAUGUUCAAUGGUCAGGGAGUUGCAUCUGGGUACGUUUUUUAAAAGCAGUUCCUGGAAGGUUAGAGUUGCGAGAAAGAAGCAUCCGAUUUCUUCAAAGUCCAUUUAACGAGGAAUCCGAAAGGGUAUUAUCACCUGGAUAUUUCGUGAAGACAUCAUCUACUGAGGAAGAUAUCGAGAACAUUCAAGAGCUAACCUUUCCUCUCGAAGAAAUUCAACAUUUGGAGUUUCGUCGAUUCCUUCUUCAGCACAAGGCUUUCGAAAUCUUUCUACAAAACAAGAAGUCCUACUUUUUCGCCCUUCAAACUUCGCGAGCGUGCAAAACUUGUCUGAAACUUUUAUCGAAACUUUUGGAGUUGCCCCAUAAUAGGCUGUUACCAUCGCACAAUACGAGUGGACCCCGUUCGGUGUAUGCAGGAGGUGCGUUCAAGUUUCCUCGCUGUUUAUUGGAUUGGAAAACAGUUCAGGCCUUGACAGCAGACGCUUGUGCGCGCUGGAAACGACGACAGCUAAGCAAUUUUGAAUAUUUGUGCAUCUUGAAUCGUCUUGCUGGACGUUCGAAUAAUGAUCUUUGUCAGUACCCGAUAUUUCCUUGGAUUUUGGCCGAUUAUUCUACUGAAAAGCUUGACUUGACUGAUCCGAAAACAUUCCGAGACCUCGCCAAGCCUGUUGGUUGUCAACCAUCUACAAGCUCUGAAGAAGCUGGGGAGCGCGAAAGGCGUUUUCGAGAGCGUUUUGAAACUUGGGCGGAUAAAGCUAUUCCACCGUUUCAUUACGGUUCUCAUUAUUCUUCAGCUGCGGCUGCUUUGCACUACCUAGUUCGUGUGGAGCCAUUCACGACAUUGUCUCUUGAGUUACAAGGAGGGCUGUUCGAUCAUCCUGAUCGUAUGUUUUACUCUCUUGAGGGAGCCUGGAAUUCGGUGACGCAGUCAAUGCAGGAUGUGAAAGAACUCAUUCCAGAGUUUUUCUACUUUCCUGAAAUUUUCCGGAAUCGAAACGGCGUAUCAUUUGGCAGAACGCAAGAUGGUCAUUUGAUAGAUGAUGUUUUAUUGCCGAAGUGGGCAAAUGGUUCACCUGAACACUUUGUGCGUGUGCAUAGAGAGGCGUUGGAAAGUGAAUACGUCUCGCUCAAUUUACACCAUUGGAUUGAUUUGAUUUUUGGUUUUCGUCAACGAGGUCCAGCAGCUGUUGAGGCAUGCAAUGUUUUCUUCUAUCUUACAUAUGAAGGGGCAAUAGACCUCGAGUCAAUUCAGGACAUGGAACUAAGAGAAUCGAUGGAAACCCAAAUUGCACACUUUGGUCAAACACCACCACAGCUAAUGGAAGAUUCGGGUCAUCCACAACGUGAUCACAGUGGAGCGCUACUGCAGCCUUCUUACUGGACUCCUCAGGGUCUGAUGGCAGCAUUGGAAUUUUCAGUUGCCAUUGGAACGGAUGACUCCAUUGUUCAGAUAUGUCAAGCCGGUGAUCGAAUUGUGAGCAUCACAAAGAAUCAGUUCGUUUUUCGUCACAAAUGGAUACCUUUACCUGACUUGCAAGGUUCACCAUUUACUUUUGAAACAGAUACAAAGAACAUUUCAGAGAGUGCCGCGUUUUCUUCUCAAGAAGGAAACAUCGAAACUAGAAGAUCUUCAAAUAGAGAAAUUGUUGGUGGCACGUAUUUAGCUUCGUCUACACAGGCAUCUCUGUUUUCUUUGUAUGCCCUUAGUUUUGAUGGUAAAGUGAUCAUUAGUGCCGGCCAUUGGGACUGGUCUAUUCGUUGUUGUUUUACAUCAGAAGCCCAUAAACCAAUCCAAUGUCUGAAAGGGCAUAGAGACAUUGUGACUUGCUUGUCUAUUGGUUCAGACGGUAGAACAUUGGUAACAGGAUCAAAGGAUACGACAAUUUUCGUUUGGGAAAUAGUUUGGGGAGAUCCUGAAAGAGUAAGGGAUCCUAAGGAAGGGAAGCUGGACAGAAGUUAUUCUGGUGGCGAAACUAAGCUUGGUGCAAUAUUGAAAGUACAAGGAAAUGUAACAAAGAGGAGAAAAAUGAAAGUGGUCGAAGAAAGGCCAAAGUUGGUUCUUUAUGAACAUGAAUACCCACUCGUAUGUGUUGCAGUUAAUACUGAAGUUGGAGUCAUUGCCAGUAAUGAUUCUUGUAACACCUUGAUGAUUCACAACUUAUCAAACGGCCAUUUAUUGAGAAUUCUUGACUUUCUUAAAGAAAGUUUGGUCGACAGCGUCACUGUCACUUGCCGAAAUGAAAUAAUUUUGGUAUCAAGUAAGAAAGCAAGCUUUUUUUUAUAUACUGGCAAUGGAGUUGCUUUAAAGAAACAGUCCAUUUGUUCGCAUCAUGAUAGUUGUCAAAUAUUAUCGUCGCCUACUAUUACUAGCUACACUAUAACAGUUGAUGGAAGGCUUUUGUUCGUUGCAGAUGAACUCAAUGGAGUAGCAGUGUACUCAAGUUGGGGUCUUAAUCUUUUACACCGUUAUAAGAAAGUAUCCUUCUCGCUGGUUUAUCAGACGGAAGAAUUUUAGCAUACACUGUUGACAGGUUUGCA